CAAGGGAUUCACCCACCUAAGCCUCCCACAGUGUUGGGAUUAUAGGUAUGGGCCACCAUGCCUCACCCUAGAGACUAUUUUUAAGACUAGUUUUAGGUUCUCAGAAAAAUGGAGAAGAUAGAGAUUUCCCAUAUCCCUCUGACCCCAUACACGCAUAAGCUCCCCAUGAUCCCCCACCAAAGUUGUACAUUUGUUAGAACUGAUGAACCUAUGUUGACAUUAUCGUCAUUGGAUUCUCAUUAUCAUCCAAGGUCCAUAUUUUACAUUAGGGUUCACUCUUGGUGCUUUACAUUCUAUGGGUUCAGACAAGUAUAUAAUAACAUGUAUUCACCAUUAUAGUAUCAUACGGAGUAUUUUCACUGCCCUAAAAAUCCUUCUGGGCUUUGCCUGUUCAUUCCUCUCUUACUCCUAAUUCCUGGCAACCACUGAUACUUUUGCCUUUUCUAGAAUAUCAUAUAUUUGGAAUCAUACAGUAGAUAGCCUUUUCAGAUAGAUUUCUUUCACUUAGUAAUAUGCACUUAAGUUUUCUCCAGGUCUUUUUUUUGGCUUGAUAGCUCAUUUCUUUUUAGUGCUGAAUCAUAUUUCAUUGUCUUAAUGAACCACAGUUUAUUUAGCCAUUCACCUACAGAAGGACAUUUGGUUGCUUCCAAGUUUUGGCAAUUAUGGAUAAAGCUGCUAUCAACAUCCAUAUACAGGUUUUCAUGUAGACACUCCCUCAGCACUGGACAGCCGAGACCACGAAGGACUUGGGACCCUUUCUAGUACUUUUCUCAGGAGAUGAAUUAAGCUCUAUAGCCACAAAGUUUCCUGAGAUCCUUCUGCAAGCAGCUUCCAAGAUGGCCAGGACCCUGCCCCCUAAAGAAUUCCUCUGGGCUGUCUUUCAAUCUGUUCGGAACAGCAGUGAUAAGAUCCCCAGCUCUGACCCUAUGCCUAGUUGCCAUGGAGUCGUGGCCCCCUCUUCUGAUGACAUCUUCAAGUUGGCCGAAGCCAAUGCCUGCUGGGCCCUGGAGGACCUGCGGUGCAUGGAGGAAGACACAUUCAUCAGGACUGUGGAACUGCUGGGAGCUGUCCAGGGUUUCAGCCGGCCUCAGCUGAUGACCCUGAAGGAGAAAGCAAUACAGGUUUGGGACAUGCCAUCUUACUGGAGAGAACACCAUAUCGUCUCCCUGGGGUGCAUUGCUCUGGCUCUUAAUGAGAGUGAGCUGGAGCAGCUGGACCUCAGCUCCAUAGACACUGUGGCUUCCCUAAGCUGGCAAACAGAAUGGACCCCGGGACAGGCUGAAUCCAUUUUGCAAGGGUACCUGGAUGAUUCAGGAUACAGUAUCCAGGACCUGAAGAGCUUUCAUUUGGUAGGACUUGGUGCAACCCUGUGUGCUAUAAACAUCACUGAAAUCCCACUUAUAAAGAUCUCAGAAUUCAGGGUGGUAGUGGCCAGAAUUGGGACCCUGCUCUGCAGCACACAUGUCUUAGCCGAGUUUAAGAGGAAGGCUGAAGUUGUGUUUGGGGAUCCCACUGAGUGGACCAGUUCUGUCUUGCAGGAGCUUGGGACCAUUGCAGCUGGAUUAACUAAGGCAGAGCUCCGGAUGCUUGACAAGGAUUUGAUGCCAUAUUUCCAGCCAUCAGCAAUAAAAUGCCUUCCUGAUGAGAUAUUCAAAGAGCUGUCCGCGGAGCAGAUCGCCUCCCUGGGUCCGGAGAACGCCGCGGCGGUGACCCACGCCCAGCGCCGGCGGCUCAGUCCACUGCAGCUGCAGAGCCUCCAGCAGGCGCUAGAUGGCGCCAAGACUCACUCCUGGCAGGACGCGCCCGCUAGCGCCGGUCCCACUAGAACCUCAUCCUCGCGUUCUCCCGCAGGAGCUCUCCAGUCGUGGGGUCUUUGGCUUGGUUGUCCCCUGCUGGUUCUAAUGGCCAAGCUCCUGUGGUGUCUUCCAUUUCCUUGGGACUCAGCUGAAUGGAUGGCUGUGAAGUUAUCAUUAAACUCUCAAAAUAUUCCCUGUUUUUGGUGGAGAUGGUGGUGGCUCUUCUGGUUUUAAGUUGCUCUGGGCUUUGGGGAAUUGGUUGAAAUAAAAAAUAAAAGUACAUUGGGUAAGUCAGUCACUGAUGUGAUCCUGGCGGCCU